AUGAAGACCGAUCCUAAUAUUCAACGUACGGGGGAGCAUUUAGAAGAAGAUAAAUUGCUAGGUGUGGGGGAGGCCGACAUGGAGAUAGAGUCCGUUUCAUCUGAAGGUGCAGAGAAACUCUUGGGAGCUAGCCCAUCGGAAUCUGCCAUGUUGGGGAAGCCAAUAAGCCCCGUGCGUCCUCGUGUUCGAGAGAAAGCUGAGCACAGAAGUGGUGAAAGGGUAGUGGAAAGGGUAUCGAGGCCCGUAGCCACAGUAUCAAGUCACCAACCUGUCGAAGCCCAUGGCUUGAGGGUUCAAGUUCAUGGGACCGGGUCUCAUGGGAGACGCCAAAGAGCUGCGGAUAGUUCAAGAAGACACGCCCUUAAGUUUCAUGUUCCGGGGAUAUUUAGCCCUAUAUUGUCUGGGGAUUCUGUUUCACAAAGAAGAUUGAGUGCUCUAAAGCUGUGUACCAGAUGGCUUCUGGGAGUUCACAAGGGUCUUGAGGACCUUGUGAAGUUACUCGAGUCCUUGUCUCCUGUGACCAGGAAAGAGGUUACUCCCGUGGUGGGUAUCCAUCCAAAGAAGACCAUAGACGAGACGAGUUUGUCAAAAUUGCAGUCUCUCCUAGAGUUGCCGGAAGUAGUGGGACUCGGAGAGAUUGGACUGGAUAGGAAGGUACCGGCAAUCACGUGGGCAGAGCAGAUGUUGAAGUUAGAGGCCGUGUUGAAUUUCUUGAAUAAAGAACACAUUCUGGUGUUGCAUAGUAGAAGCCUUACGGAAUUGGGAGAUAAAGCCAUUCACACUCUGCUCUUGUUACUGAAAUGUCAUCAGUCUGUCAUCAAGGAACAGCUGAUCCACUUUCAUUGUUUUACUGGGUCCCUGUCGAUGCUUAAGAAGUGGCUAGAAGUUUUCCCCAAUACAUACAUUGGGUUCACCGUUUUGAGUUGCCGGUCUAUGGAUCAUAAGGAAACGGUAAUGGGAGUAGAAUCUUCUCGACUUCUCCUGGAGUCCGAUGCUCCGUAUUUUAGCCCUCCAAAAUGUGACAAUUCAACCCCAAGUAUGAUCGGAUGGGUGGCGUCGCGUUUAGCCAAGGCAAGGGGUACAACUUGGGAGAAAUUGAUCGAAUUGGCAUCUUUCAACACGCGAAGACGGUAUAUUGAAAAGAAGCUGCCACUUUCGGGAAACAGCUCUGAUUAAGCCAAAGGUGCUUAAUUAUUGAUCAAAGGUUAUAGGCAAGUUAAAUGUUUCAUGGGUAUAGGACCUAGGAUCGUCAAUAUUUGGUUACUGGUAAUUUAGACCAUUUUAUCACAGACACAAAGGAUCGUAACUUAUAGUGCUUUUUGAAGAGGCAAGGAGUUGCAAUACCAGUACUGGUUGGAACCAGGAAAGUCGUCUCAGAAAUAAGAGCCUCAUUGGCUAAGUCGUCAGUGUGGGCCAACACCUUCAAAUAGGACGGGGAGGAGUGUGGUACUCGCGGACCUUGGUACGAGAUAGGUCGGGUACGAAAGAAUAUGUUCCAUAGCCCCUGAUUGGUCGUUACUGUGGGCGGCGAAGGGCCGCAAGGUAUUCUGGGAGAUUCCUCUAGAAGCAGCCAUUGGUGCUACACGAACAUUAUCUAGGCGAAACUAAUCCGUGCAAUCAACAGAGUGUUUUGGUGUAUCCACAACAGAAUUACAGACAUACAGAUAGGUAAGUCCUUUAACUAUCAUACUGAAGGUUCUACAAUGUUUUCGUAAACAUCUCGUAUAUCUUCGGAAACUAUCGGCAGUUUCCGCGAAAGAUUACUAUUGACGCUUCCAGAACAACCGUGAGCAUCCGUAUGUUACAUAGCGUUCUCCAUUAUGAACUUCUAAUCGGUGGUACUUCUCAGUUUGAAAGAGUAGACCCGCACCAUACCCCUCCAAAUAUCUCAACGGAUUUACGUGAUUCGCAAAAAUGAUCCCUCCGGCACAUGAAAAACCGGAACUUCCGGCAUAUGCCGGAAAACUUGCACCCAUGCCGGGGUCUAAACAUUCAAGACAGACUAGACCCCUGAAAAUCCUUCUUCAGUGGACGAACGAACGCUGUCAAACUAAACUAAGAGGCUCAGGAUGGUGAAAACAUCAAAUACGUCGACUUUACCAGGUAAAUAAUAUAAUUUGCAGUUGAUCAAUUAUCGUAAACAAUUUCAAACACACUACUUCAUUUGUUCGUCGUGCAACAUAUUCUAUAGGGUUUACAGACACUUCACCUCCCAGACACUUCACUCUAGGCCCUUUUUUGCAGACACCUCACCCCUUAGACAGUUCACCCCUCAUUUUAAGAAAUUUGAUUAAGACACUUCACCCCCCAUUUUUUUUAUUUCGUGUUCAACAAUAAUUUAUGUUCAAAAAUGUCAAAUGUAUUCAAGACGGUAGUGAUUAUGUUUAUUGUCUUAACAAAUGUUAUAUAUUAUUUUAUCAUGUAAUUGACCAAAGACAAUGGUUAUAUUGUUGUUUUUGCACUACAAAAAGGCUCAUAUCACAAAGUUGAUAGUAAGUAAAUUUUUGUUCUUUAUUUUUAUAUAUUAAUACUAAUUUCAAUUUAUGUGUAAGUGAUAUAACUAAUUGAAUAAUCUUUCUAUUGAAGUGUGUGAACCUUUGUGUGAUUUUUCCUUUGAUAUAUUUUAAGUAUAUAAUCUUUUUCACACUUCCUUUGUGUUUUUAAUUGACAGUAUCUUGUUUAAUGGACUGAAAGCAAAACAUGAAUACAAAGCUGUUAAUUAGCUGUACUGAUUAUUGUAUUAUCAUGUAAUAGUUAAAGUAAUUCAUAUUCUUUUAAGGUGUUUUGAAAAUAUAUGUUUGAUUAGCUCAUAUUUUUGAGUAACCAUAACUGCAGAAUAGCUAUUGGUCAAAGAUGAACAAGACAAGUGCAAUUAUGAAAAAUGUAAGUAUAACAUGUAAUUGGCUAAUAAAUUAUGAGUUGAUUUUAAUUAUUGAAGUUUUUGUACUUAAGUCUGUUUUCGGUUUGAUCCUUACUUCCGACUUCCCUUCGUGGCGUGCACGCCGCUAGGAAGGCAUAGGUCACACCAGAUGGGUGACCUAGUUAGGUCACUUAGCUGGUGUGACCUAACCAACGACGAAGGGUGUGGCCCUAAAGAGAGCUGCUGCUCCCGGAAGAGGUGCCUUUCCUCCUAUUGUCAUUUGUUCAUUGAGCGAAGAAUUUGGUCCUAGGGAAGGCCUACGACAAUCGACAGCUUGAGAAGACCUCUGUCGCGGCUCUAUGACAUCGACGACGUUGCAGGCGAAUAAGUCCUCCGUUGCAGGCUCUACGUUACCAGCAAUCGUAAUAGAGGCCGACUAGUCUGGGACAUAUGGGAAACCGGCGCCCAGUAUAAAUAAAACUAAAAACACACACACACGAUCCUUACCUUAUAUCAUUCAUUUGACAAGUUAUAUUCAUUUGGUGACAAAUUUGUGCUUUUACAUUAUGAUUUUGUGUAUUUUCAAAAGUUCACUACUUUAAUGUCAACAGAUUCUAUAAGAUCAAUUUACAAAUUAGGUCGAUUUUUAUAUUUGGCUUUCAGAGAAAGACAAUGAUACCAUUAAGAAACUAGACUUAAUGUUUGUUAAAUCUACAUUGUUAAACUUUUGUUCUUCUGGUAAAGUUUGUAUGCACCACUAUACAUGUUUAUAUUUGUAUGGCUAUAAAUAUUGUUUGUAUUUAAUGCCAAUAAAAUAUUCUGUUCUAUUCUAUUCUAUACAUUGUGCUUAAUUUACAUAACUGGUGCUAUUUAUUUGUUUAAUUAAUGACAUUAUGGAUGAUCUUUGUAUUAAAUGCAGGAUAAUUGUGUCUGAUAAUGAUGCUGCAGUUGAUUGUGAAAAAUGUGGGAACUGGCAACACAUGUGAUAACGGUAAGUUUAUUUAAUUUGUUAGCAACUUUUUUAAGUUAUAUGUAAAUACAAAUUGUUCUUUUUUAUUCAUUGCAAUAAGUGUAUAAGUAAUUUUUGUAUAUUUUAUCAGAGACAUAGGUAACAGAGAUAGGAAACUUCCUAACCAGUUCAGAUAUCACAUGUGCUUAUUAAACUUAAAACUUAUAUCAAGUAAAACUUAUGAACCAGAUUCUAAAAGCUUAUGCAUUUGUCUAUGGCUGCCGGUAAAAAAUAAACAGUUCCAAUUUAAAUCAAUGAUACAUCAAUUUUUACAGAGAACUACUUAUUGAUUUUUGUUACAAAUCAAUUCAAAUGAUGAAAACAAUGGUAAAUUUUGCUAUGUAUUUUUAAGUGAAAGGCAAGGAAAGUUACCAAUAUUUUAAAAUGCAGCAACAGACAAAAUAUUUAAUUUUCAAAUGGUGUAUAAUACUAGAAAUGUGUCCAUAGGACACGGAUGCCCUCACCUGCCACUGUUCUGUCAAUCUUAUGACUCUAGGUCAAAUAUUUUUUGGACUACAUGUGCCACAAGUUGAAAACUAAAAAUCAACAAAGGGCCAUAAUUCUGUAAAAUUUGGUCGCAGCAAAAAUUCCUUCCUUUACUACCAUCU